ACUUUUAUUAUGAAAAUCUGAGCUAUGCGACACCGGAAGGAAGUUCCGCAGAACAAAGCACGACUGGUGGAGAAUCGCUGUUACGACAGGUGGUAGUGAAUGCGGUAGAGUCCCAGUCUAGGUAUGGAGCAGUGUGCGUGUGUGGAGCGGGAGCUGGAGAAGGUGCUCCAUAGGUUCGUCAUGUACGGACACCAGUCAGAGGAACGUCUGGACGAACUUCUACGCAGCGUCUGUGAGCUACGGGGACAGCUGGUUACAUUCGGGGUACGAGAUGCAGAUCUGACGGUGCUGUCUCAGACCAUGGCCCAGUGUUGUAAGAACAUUAAAGAAACGGUACAGCUGCUGGCCUCCAGACACAAGGACAUCCACGGCAGUGUCUCCAAAGUGGGCAAAGCUAUCGACAGGAACUUUGAUGCAGAGGUGAGUGCAGUGGUGGCAGAGACAGUGUGGGACUCACCUGAGAGACAGAAGUACCUGAGUGAGACCAUUGUGGAACACUUGUACAGACAAGGCAUGCUGAGCGUGGCAGAGGACCUAUGUCAGGAGUCUGGAGUAGUGAUUGACAUGAGCAUGAAGCAGCCGUUCUUGGAACUCAACAGGAUCCUGGAGGCCUUGAGGAUGCAGGACCUCAGACCAGCACUAGAGUGGGCAGUAACAAAUCGGCAGCGCCUGCUGGACCUGAACAGUACCCUGGAGUUCAAGCUGCACCGCCUCUACUUCAUCAGCCUGUUAAACGGAGGCAUCACCAACCAGCUGGAGGCGCUACAGUACGCCAGGCACUUCCAGCCCUUCGCCUCACAGCACCAGAGAGACAUCCAGAUCCUCAUGGGUAGUCUGGUGUACCUGCGGCACGGCAUAGAGAACUCUCCCUACCGCUCUCUGCUAGAGACCAACCAAUGGGCUGAGAUCUGUAACAGCUUCACCAGGGACGCCUGCGCGCUGCUGGGGCUAUCGGUAGAGUCACCUCUCAGUGUCAGUUUUGCGUCAGGCUGCAUGGCCCUGCCCGUCCUGAUGAACAUCAAACAGGUGAUUGAACAGAGACAGUGUAGUGGAGUCUGGACACACAAGGACGAGCUGCCCAUUGAGAUAGACCUGGGGAAGAAGUGCUGGUACCACUCUGUGUUCGCCUGCCCCAUCCUCCGACAGCAGACGUCAGAGAGCAACCCUCCCAUGAAGCUCAUCUGUGGACACGUCAUCUCCAGAGACGCCCUCAACAAACUCACCAACGCUGGAAAACUGAAAUGUCCCUACUGUCCCAUGGAGCAGAACCCGUCAGAUGCCAAGCAGAUCUUCUUUUGAUCCCCCAUCCUGUUUCCUGAAAUCGCCAGGCCCUUGGAGCUACAGUAGCUACCUGCUACCCCAGGACUCCUGGAAAUCCCCAUCCUACUUACUCACAGGCACCAAUUUGCCCCAGUGCCCCCACCCAAACUCAGACAGAUCCCUUCCAGUGAUGGCCCAAGGCUGUAAUACUCCUGCCUCGUCUUGCCUCAUCAACAGCUCCUAGUGUACAGAGGGCUGAUGUGGAUGGCCCAUCAAACGACUUCUACCCAUAGAGAGACAGAGAGGAGUCGGUCGGCAUGAGGACGAAGGAAACAUCUCAAAAGGAUUGUUCAUUCAUUGACACUCGUUCAUUUGCAACUGCCUGCUGAACUUAUUCUACUCUUUUUCUUUAAGGAUGUGAUGAGGCGUUAUGCUUUCUUUUGUGGGAUUUUGAUCGGGUAUCGAGUUGAUGUUGAUAGGGUAUCGAGUUGAUGUUGAUAGGGUAUCGAGUUGAUGUUGAUAGGGUAUCGAGUUGAUGUUGAUAGGGUAUCGAGUUGAUGUUGAUAGGGUAUCGAGUUGAUGUUGACAGGGUAU